AUGGAGCCACAGCAACAGCAGCAGCAGCAGCAACAACAACAGCAUCAGCAGGAUAUCACAGGCAACAGUCGCCCCGGACUGGCCUCAAAGGUCGCCGAAUCUCACCUAUCACAGCCAUUCAUCCCGCCUGAAGACGACAAGGACAAGGACAAGGACAGGGACAGGGGCAGGGAUCCAGCUCCACCUCUGCAGGCACUGUCCGGCCCUGAUAUCAUCCCGCUCUCAGAUGACCAGUCCAUUUCCUUGGCCGAAAACUCUAAUCCUCCCCAAGCACACAGCCAGCACACCACCCAACCUGUCCAGAGCCAGAAUCAGAGUUCGCCCACCCAACAGACCCAGAGCAUGCGUCCGCAGAGGCAGCGAAGGUCGACCGCCAACCAUAUCCACAACAAUCCUGGCCAUAGUCCGACAGUAACCAAGGGAAGCAAAGCGACUCCGACUUCCAGCGCCAGCCGUUCUCAUGUCACCCCACCAUUAGCAACAAUCUCAGCAAUAGUCGAACCUCCAGCUUCGGUCGCCUCAGUAACAUCGACAGUAGCGCCAGACGCAGCACCAUUGCCCUGUACCUCGGUUGGCGAAACAGCCGCUGCUGCUACCACCAUUCCCUCAGCUGGUUUCCACCCUCAGCACCAGGGUAAUAUCAUUGCCGGUGACGUCCUAACUCCAUCUCCCAACCCUUCAGCCAUUGAACAAGCUGCGUCCCCCCCAUCCUCUCGACCCGGUAAACGAUCCAAUCCAGAUUCCGAUGAAGGAGAGAGAGAAGAACUCUCCAUAGUUGAGACACAGACGCAAACACAAGAAGCGGAAAAUGUGGGACGUGGUGUCAGUACUGAGAAAGGGGUGCAAUUGGAGAAAGAGACAUCGAGUUUGGACCCAACCCUCAACUGUACCACAACAGCAGCAUCAACAACAACAACCCUGUCCGCCCUUUCAGAGGGAGAUUCGUUAGAGAGUCAAGGAUUGAUCGAAUCGGAUCCGAUGGGUGCAGGAAUCAAGCGUGAGGCUCGUCCAACCCGCUCGGUAGGCCCACAGGGCAUUGUGCCAUCCAAGGGCAAAGACGCCACAGGGAUGCCGGCCAAGAAACGAGCCAAAACGGAUCAGGCAAAGAAAGGAGAGAGUGAUACUGCCAGUCUGUUCCAAAAGAUUUUUGCCGACCGGGACCCUGGUAAGCGCAAGAUCAAGACAAAGUCGGUGCACGAGAUCCCCAUGGACUUGGCCGCAGACGAGGAUGAUUCCGACUUUGAGGACACCAAGAUGGACAGCAACGACGAGGACGAAGAUAUGGUCAUGCCCGAGGACGCGGCCAGUGAGGACGAACUCCAGCCCGGUCAACAGGAGGCAUUCAACGACGAACAGGAACUCUUGACUGCACUCUGGCAGUGGAAGGACAAUGACCCCGAGGUGUGUUGCGUUUGUUUGGGACGAUCCACAGAGGCUGACAAUGUCUUUGUCUACUGUGACACUCUCGACUGUGCCCUGUGUGUCCAUCAGGCAUGCUACGGUGUCAAGACCCUGCCCUCAGAAAGCGAGCCAUGGCUGUGUGAUCGCUGCAAGGCUCCUCCUGAGGAGGUUGUGUCUUGUGUCUGUUGCCCGUCCAAAGAUGGAGCGUUCCGACGUCUUAUCCCAGAAGACCCCAGCGGCGGAUGGGUCCAUGUCGUCUGCGCACUUUGGCUUCCAGAGACCACCCUAGGCGAUCCCGAAAACGUUGACAGGAUCUCUGUCCGCGAUAUACCCGAAAAGAACUGGAACUUGACCUGUUACAUGUGCUCAGACUCGCAGGAUGCCGCCUUGGGAGCUUGCGUACAGUGCGACGCUGGUCAAUGUCGCAAGUCGUUCCACAUCACCUGUGCCCAGUCCUAUUCACUCUUGGAGACCAUCGAAGACUCUGAUAUGGCAGACCCCUACUUUACAUACUGCAAACAGCACGGCUCUGCUGACGGACAGUCCAAGCUGAACGGGUGGGCAAAGUGGGUCAGGCAACGUGACGCAUUCCUGAAGAGAUGGCAAGAGGAGCAGGGACGGAGACGCACACAACGAUUGAUUGACAUGCAGCAGAGUGGGAUCGGGGACGAGGAUGGUGGAGAGGGUCUCAUCGAGAUCUUUGAACAUUCCUAUUCCCAGUUUAAGCAGGCCCGAGAGAAGAGGAUCGCCAAGGAACGCAGCGAGCUGUCCCGGCAAUACUCCAUCGGCUACUAUCUCGGCAGCAAGAUUGACAAGUCCCGGUCCCGUCUCGAAGUCGUUUCUUCCAAGGCCCAGCAGGCACUACAGGAGCAGCGGAGGAUCGAGAUGCAUACCCGUAACCUCUUAUCGAGUCUGCUGGAGUGUGCCCAUUACCUUGAGAACGUUUCAGCAGAGCAGCUCGAGGCCCCACUCUCGAUCGACACAACCCUGGCGUGGUACAACGCGCUGCCUGACACUUCUCGGUGGAAGAGUAACAUCCAGGAUAUCAUCGAAACGAUCGACAUCAGCUCCUUGAACUGCGACAACCCCUAUGGCUAUCCAGGAGCCCACGGUCAGGUCGACUCGGGUCUAGAUGACAGCGAGAGUGGUCAGAGACAUGGACGCUCCUCCAAGGGUAUCUACGGCAAGCUCUCUAAGAAAGGUGGCAAGGCUGCGCUCGGUGCUAGAAAAAAUGUUAAGUCGAAGAAGGUGCAUCCCAAACCUACUUUGGCCAACAAGAGCCAGGUCCCGGUGGUGUUCACAUCCAGCAGAGGUCGCCUGAUUAGGCGGGACUUUUCCGAUCCCGACGAGUACUACGCUACAGCCAAGCCUAACGGCAACAGCUAUGGAGCUGGCUACCAUCAAGGACAAUAUUCAGGUCAGCCCCAGCCAGCCAAGAUCGCCAAGGCUAUUGUGCCAUGCUCGGUUUGCCACCAAUUGACACUCCCCGAGGAAAAAUUAGCCCUUGAGCGCGAUGAGAAUGGGAUGCUCACAGCCAUGGCCAUCAAAGUGCUCAAUCGCAUGGUCACUUGCGACACCUGCCAGCGCCAGUUCCAUCCAAAGUGUCUCGACCCACCAAUGUCUCGAGCACCACCUCGUGGGUACAGCUGGAACUGUGAGGACUGCGACUCCUCAGACGGCAGCCAAGGAUCGAGCGGAAAUGCCUCACCGACAAUCUCCAGCAGCCAUGCUCACCACCAUCAUAGUCAGUCCUCGGAUCUGGAUGAGGCUCUGAUGGUACUUGCCGAUACCGCCAUGACUGUUUCCGCCACCACUAUUGUCUACCCGCGAUCAGAACAAGGUCGUCCCUUUUCCCACGGCCUUAAGCGUCCCCUGGCAUACCAAGGCCUAGAUAGCACCGAGUUUUCCUCGUUCUCUGGUGCCAGCACUGAUGGGCCAACCAAGGGCAAGGAGAGCAAGGCCAAGAAGUUGAAGACGGAGACCCCCAAAUCUAAGGCAAAGAGUGCAGCUGGCGAAAGCACCAGAGCCGAACCCAAGGCCAAGAAGGCCAUUAAGUCAAAGGCCAACAACGCUGAUCACGAGGCAGGAGAGCAACAAUCACAGAGUCAGUCGAUGUCUCCCAAGCCCGCUAUGGUCGCUCCUAUUAUCCGUGGCAACCUUCGAAUCUAUCCUCCAGGUCCCAACACCAUCGCACCCAAGAUCAACCCUCUGCUGCUGAAGGAGGUCAAGAUCGAGUCUGCCACCGUCGUCAAGCCAAAGGCUGGAACCAAGAAGGUCAAGGUUGUUGCACCCUCUAACGCCACCAAACAGGAGUCGACAACAGGAACUGCGACCAAGAAGAAGGCUCAAUCGGACACCGCAGCUACGGCUACCAAGUCUAAAAAGUCUGAGGCGACUCCUGCACCAGCAAAAGGCAAGGCUGUUGCCGCUGCAGCCGCUACUGCUGCUGCGACUCCCAAGAAGAAGGCUUCUGCAACUAGAGAGACUUCUCUUCCUGCUGCUGCAACCCCAGCCAAGGCCAUCAAGGCGACCAAGGAGAAGGCAGCAACAGUUCGUCGCGGCUCUCUUCCUGCAGUUCCUGAACCCCCACCACCCAAGCCCAAGGAGGUGAUUCGUUACACCGUUGGUGAGAAGACGGUAGAGGAGUUGACGGCCAAGGAGGAUGUCGAGAUCGAAAGACGCGACAACAUCAAGUUCAGGAAGUUGCGCGGUCGUACAUUGACCAUGCCUGCAGCACCUCAGGAGGUUCUCGAGAACCAGGCCAUUCUCCAGGCCCAAGCUCAAGCUCAAGCGCAGGCUCAAGCGCAGGCUGUUGCUGAAUCAUCGGCCAACGGAAACGCGACCGACUUGCCCAAUGCCGCUCUUUAG